CUCGCGUCGAUACACCACAUGGCUCGAUGGAUCCUCGUCAUCUCCAUUCUGGUGUUCUGCUGUGCAGAGGCCUUUGCUUCGAAUGCGCCUACGUGCUACAGCGGCAGUGAUACCCUUCAGUGGUAUACUAAUGCAAUCGGAGAGACUCCAUGUGCAACAUACCAGCGACUGAGGCAAAUAUGUAACAGCGACUACACAACCCCAACAUGGGCCAUCGACACCCCUACAGAUCAGUGUGACGACCCACUGAACACUUGCUGCUGCAACUCCAUCGCGUGGUCGAUACGGAUGCUGUGCAUCAACUGCGAAUGGGAUGAGUUCGGCGUGAACGAUCCUGGACACAGUGGCGUCGCGGGAAAUUUCUACCAAUAUCGAUGGAGUACAGGUGUGCCAAACAAUGGCGUGUAUUGCGGGGAUGGGUACAACCAGACAUUACCAGACACCCUUCAGCAAGCGGUUUGUGACAGAGGAAUCCAUGUCGGCGAUUUCCUAUACAGUAUAUUCUGGCCCGAUGGUUCUUGGAACUUCACGGCCUUUGAGACCCUCGCCAAGGACAUUCUGGCAUCGCACAAUAAUCAGUCUCUUGAUUCGUGCACGGAAAAUUCGAGCACGGCUGCUGCUGUCACUUCAACUAUAACCUUGUUGAGCACAGCCCCUGCUCAAUUGAAUGCGGUUGCGAAGGUCGACACUGCCGCAGUGGUCGGUGGCUCUCUUGGUGGUGCACUCGGGCUCGUACUCCUCGGUGCCAUCAUAACGACUCUCUACGUCAAGCGACGCCAUCUGCAGCAUUCCCGUCCGGUGGUCGCGGUCACGACACAAGGCGGGCCAUAUAGCCGAUCGCCGGCCAACCCUGGGAUGGAUAUGGGCACUCAUCUCGUUACACCUUUCCUCGGGCAAUCUUCACGUCGACCGCCGAGCGAGGAGACGCCUCAGUGCAGUCCAUUACCCGGUGCGCCGCACAGCGGAACACAUUUGAUCUCGAAUGGCUUGUAUACACCGCCGUCAACCAACGUCGAUGCAUCGAAGGAUGUCAGGACCUACAGCAACACCACGAAUGAAUCAGUGCGAACACAGUUGCCUCCCGAGUAUCGUACCGUGUAUUCCUCUGAAUGAGCGCCGUCAGGACUGGCGGUUUCGUACCGUUCGGCGACUCCAAGGUGUAUCCGUAUGUAUGUGACACUUGCUACAACUCGCCUUCUAGUGCACCUAUCCCCCCUGUCGUUACAGUGGUUUCGGAAAGAAAAGUCCGUGUUCUUGUCGAUCAUUACCUCAACCCCCUUCGUUGGCUAGUAUAAGACCCUACUCAAGCUCUACUGCUGCUUCAGUCUCAGUAUGAAUGACAGGAGUAGCCCCAUACGCGCCCAUGAUGAUGACGCUACAUAUCGUAGACGAGCACGGUGUACCGUGAUGCUUGUGCAGUGGACACGGGUCAAUUAGCGCGACGAUUGCCACGGUAAUAU